UCAGUCGUCAAACGGCAGCAUUUAACUAAAGUCGCAAAACUCGGAGUGGAAGCUGAGAUCUCAACUGGAAACUGAAACAGAAGCAAAGGCAAAAAACCGGAACCCGGAGCCAGUAGCCAGUAGCUGGUUAUUGACGUAGUACAUAUUCUAUAAUUGUGAUUUACAAGAUGUUUGCCUCACGACGACAUUUGUUGCUGCUCCUCUUAACGUGGAUCAGUCUGAUGUCCAUCGGGUGCCUGGCUGGCAAGCCCGAGGACAAGCCCGAGGAGACCAUCAAGGAGGAUGUCAUUGAAAUUGAGAAUAAGACGCAAAAGGUCAUUCGGGUCAGUCCGCAUGAGUUGCCCUUGAAGCAGGAUCGCACCGGUAACCACAUGAAUUCGGAACUUUUCCAAAUCCAAACACUGCGUCCGGGCUCCCAUGGGAAACGACAGCGUCAAUAUGUGGACUCGAAACGUAUGCGUCCGGCAAGGAUCCCGAGUAGUGGUGAAGCAACGCCGACCGUUUUGAAAUACACGCCCGAACUAAAAGCAUUUCCCAAGCAGAAGCUGAAAAGAAAGCAGCAGAAGCAGCUCCAAUUCCCCAUCGAGUCUAGUGGCAGUCUUAUGGGCUCCAACCUGCCCGUCCAGAUGACACCCGGAGUCUAUCCCAUCUACUAUGUGGUGUCCAAGACGAACGGUCGCUUUGGCAAGUUUCCCAUCAAAUCCUUCGGCUCGCCCGCCGAGUUCGCCAAGUAUCUGAUCAAGAGCAAAGCAGAGCCCAUUCCACGAGCGCAACGCUUCGAUGUCAAGGGUCAGGAGGGAUCGCUGGUAGUUAGACAUUAGUUGGUAGUCGGUAGCUUUACUGCUUGUUUUUGUGAUUCUGCACGCGCGCUUUGUUAACAAUAAAUUAUUAUUCACAUGAAA